UCUUUUUUUUUUUUAACAAAUGGGCUGUUUUCAUGCUUUGUUUCUUCAUCACUGCCUUUUAAUCUGCUUUCAUGCAAUAAGGUCAGUUGUGCCAGCCCUCAACAUUGGUCCACCCCUUGCUUUCCAUUAAUUGGCUGCUGCAGGAACCUGAUGAAGCAUCUGCCAGUCACGGUCACUGCUCCCUAGUAUGGGUGAAUGCCUUCUAAAGUGACUGAAAUGGCCCUUGCUCUGUGGAAGAACUUACUUCAGACUACAAAGAAAAGGAUACUACAACAGAGGAGGUUGUCACUCUAUAAUGCUGCUCAUGGCUAUGAGGAAGAAUUGAUAAAGAAGAAACUUCAACAGUUUUCUGGUGGAUCCAUCAACCUUUCCAAAGAAGACAAUGGCAUUGGAAUACUUACUUUGAAUAACCCAAAACUAAUGAAUGCAUUUACAGGUACUAUGAUGGUGGAGCUCCAGGAGAGGGUUACUGAACUGGAAAACUGGAAGGAUGGCAAAGGUCUUAUAAUCCAUGGUGCAGGAAACACUUUUUGCUCAGGAUCUGAUUUGAAUGCUGUCAAAGAAAUAUCCAACUCCCAGGAUGGGAUGUAUAUGUGCAUGUUUAUGCAAAACACCUUAACCAGACUUAUGAGGUUGCCUUUGAUCAGUGUUGCGCUAGUUCAAGGAAAAGCUUUUGGAGGAGGAGCAGAACUUACCACAGCAUGUGAUUUCAGGUUGAUGACGCCCGGGAGCGAGAUCCGGUUCGUGCACAAGCAGCUGGGGCUGGUGCCGGGCUGGGGCGGCGGCGCGCGGCUGGUGCGGCUGGUGGGCGGCGGCGCGGCGCUGCAGCUGCUGGGCCCCCCCGGCCCGCCCGCCGUCGUCCGCGCCCUGAAACGGGUGGUGACUGCCGGCAGAGAGCUCCCGCUGGAAGCUGCCCUAAGGACAGAGAAGGACGUCUUUGGAACCGUAUGGGGCGGGCCUGACAAUUUGCAGGCGUUGGCUAGAAGACCAAAACAUAAAUGAUGGUUUAUGCGUAAGAAA